GGUGGUAACACGGCCUCGGAUAAGAUUAGCAUAGACUAGAAUCUAGAUCUCUAGAUCUUUACUAUUUAUUAUUCGUGAUGGAAAAAUGGCAUAAUAUUUCAUAUUAAAAUUUAAGCCGAGGUCCACAUUGCAACAUCUACAUUCUAGAUAGAUCACCAUCGAGUCUAUAACCACUAUAAUAAUAGGCCAGGCUAAUACAUUUUCACCCAAGACAAAGAUCUACAAACUGUUUUCGACGCUGCUGACUACAUUUUGCCUAUUGUACAGUCAGAUUUUGUUUUAGAAAGAAAUUCACCACCGCAAAACACCCAAUAUGAAGCUGUCUCUUAAAUUUACUCGAAGAGAGUCACACAAAGCUGCUGUGUUUACUUUAACAUUUUUCAGUUAUGCAUUUUUCCAUGCUAAUAGAAAGGCAUUCAGCAAUGUCAAGAGUUCAACUGCUAGUGUAUGGACUCCAGAACCCAGAAAUGAGUCACUUCCUAAAUUGUUACCUGAAAAGAUAUGGUCCUCUCACCAUUUAUUUGAAACAAGCGAUGAUGCCAUGAAAUUUGAAGGUGUACUGGACACAGCUUUUAUGUUAGCAUACGCAGUUGGACUCUUUUUGAAUGGAUACAUUGGUGAUAGAGUUAACAUGCGGAUAUUAUUGUCUGUGGGUAUGGCUAGCACAGGCGUAUUAAUUUUUAUAUUUGGAUGCAUAACAGAAUGGGUUGCUUUCUACAACAAAUAUUUUUACUGUUCAAUCUGGAUUAUAAAUGGAUUGAUGCAAUCAACAGGAUGGCCAGUAGUAGUGGCCUGCAUGGGGAACUGGUUUGGUAAAAGCAGCCGAGGAAUGCUUCUGGGGAUUUGGAGUUCUUGUGCAUCUGUGGGAAACAUCCUUGGAGCUGUGAUGGUUUCUUCAGUUUUAUCUUAUGGAUACCAAUAUGCAUUUUUGAUGACGUCAACAGUUAUUUUGGCUGGGUCAUGUUUAGUAUUUUUUGGCUUGGUACCCUCUCCAGCUGAUGUAGGAAUGGAAGGCCCAGAUGAUGAUAAUGAAGAUUCACGAAAACACAGUUUAAAUGCAGAUCAUGAUGAUGCUAGAAUUAAACCUAUUGUUGAGUACAAAGCGACCUCUGAACAUGUUUAUAUCAUCACCCUCCCUAAGAAUGUGGUGACUCCAAAAGGACCACUUCUAGAGGAUGCACAGAGUGCUAAACCAACUGAAGGUGAUGACACUAUUACUUAUGAUCUGCAAUCUACCAAGCCAACAUCAAUGCCUUUCUGGAAAGCUUGUCUUUUACCAGGUGUUAUUCCAUAUUCAUUGGCCUACGCCUUCCUGAAGCUUGUAAACUAUUCAUUUUUCUUCUGGCUACCGUAUUACCUGAAAAAUGCUUUUGACUGGGAAGAGAGUGAAGCAGACAAGCUUUCUACUGCCUAUGAUGUUGCAGGCAUUGUGGGUGGAAUAGUGGUUGGCUUUUUCUCAGAUCGGUUAGGCAAACGAACUAUACUCAUUCUUCCAAUGUUACUCGUCUCCAUCCCUUCUUUAUUUGGUUACAGCGUUUCUCCAAAUGAUCGUCUUGUAAAUACAGUUUUGAUGUCUCUCAUUGGUUUCUUUAUUGGAGGCGCAGCUAACCUAAUUAGUGCAGCUGUAUCUGCAGACUUGGGAUCACAAAGACAGAUUCAAGGUGAUGAUAAAGCUCUGGCCACAGUCACAGGUGUUAUAGAUGGCACAGGUAGCCUAGGUGCUGCCUUAGGCCAGAUUGCUGUUCCUUACCUUGAAACUGCACUAGGAUGGUCGUCAGUAUUUUACUUAUUUAUGAUAUGUAUGUUUCUCACUGCUGUCUGCCUGUUCCCAUUGUUUAUCAAAGAGAUCCGGAGUCUCAGGUGUCCAUGUGGAAGAAGAGACAGCAGCUUAGCUGUCAAUGACUGAACAAUAUAAUACUUCUCCUGUUGUUUUAAACUGCUUUCAACUGCUGUGUACUAGAGUUCAAGUUUUAACCACUGUGUGUAGCCAUUUUUACCCCAAGCAGUGUGAGAUAAAUUUAUGUGCAUGGUGGAUGUAUUCAGUUUUUUAUUGAUUUAAAGAGUGUUAGGGACCACUAAUGAAUGGAUGAGAUAUUCUCUAAGUCUUUCAAAUGUAUUUUAAGCCUAACUCCUGAAUUGAUUCAUGUUUGUGCAAUGCAUAAAUCAUUUUAUGUAGUAGUUUUUAUUUCAUUACUAGCCAUCUGUUAGGUUUCUGUUGAACAAAUGUUUUGAACCUAGUCUUGCAGUAAAUUUUCUGGUUUUAGUUUGAUCAUGUUACUGUACCUGUACAUAGACUUGGUUUUUUUUUUAAAUUUUAUCAUAGACAUAUUUUAAGUUAAUUUUAGAAAUUUAAUUUUUAACAUUUAAAUUUAAUUUUAGUAUUCAUUUAUGAGUAAUAAAUUCUAAAAUUUGCAACUGAGCCGUACUAGAUUUUAACUGAAGUACUAAUAUCUUUGCUUUGGAAAUUCUUUCAGUUUUUUAUGUACAUUUUACUCUCAGCUAUUUUAUUUAAAGAUAAAGUUAACUAAAGUUUUUUUUUAAAGUGAUAACUAUUUAUUUCAUUUUUAAUCAAAUGUCAGUAAUGCAGUGCAUUCUGUGACUGUGACUAUAACUUGUUUUACUUAAUUUUUGAGAAAUAGGUUUCUUAAAUUUUUACUUCUCAACUGGUGAGCAUCUGUAUAUUUGAUAUAUAUAUAUAUAUAUUAUAAUUCAUAUUUGAAGAUGUGAAUCUAUUAUUUCUUUUCAAAUGAUUUUGAAAGGAAUGUCUUGUACGAGAUAACAAAAUGUGUGGUUAUAAAUGGAACAUGAAUUGUUUCUUCUCAUGUAGCAGAGAUAUAAACCAAAUGUUAGACCA